GUGAGGAGCUCAGAUUUGGGGUCCAGUCCCAGUUCUGCCAUGGGGUGUGCAUGGUGCGGGGUGGGGGGAUGUGGGAUUGUGUCUGCGUCAGCUGCUUAAUAAUGCCCCAUAGCCCCUGGGUCUUCCUGUCAGCAGCUCUUGAAGUGCUCUGCAAAAGAAAUUGGGAUCAUUAACCCCAUGGCACAGAUGGGGACACUUUCCUGCUGAGCUCUGGGACGCCAGCCCGGGGCAGAGAUGGCAGAGAGCGCAUGCUGCAAGCUCAUCGAGUAUUUGAACGAUCUAGAAGCGCGAGAGUUCAAGAUGCUCAAGUUUCACCUGGAGAACUAUCCCCUGGAAGACGGCUACAAGCACAUCCCCCGCUCCAAGAUGGAGGCAGCCGAUGCCAUGGACAUAGCUCGAGCCAUGGUCCAAACUUACCAGGAGUCCAGGGCUCUGCAGAUGGCGGUGAAGAUAUUGGACGGCAUUAGCCGGAAGGAUCUGUCGCUAAGGAUCCAAAACGACAUGCCAGAGGGAAACCUCCAUCCACCAGAUCUGCAAUUUCUCCCAUCCUAGCACAGUCGCUGGCUACAUUUCCUAGCCUGACUCUCACCCCAUGGAUCUCACGCCUCCUCUGCCAUUGGGCAGACAUGGAAACAACAA